UCGAGCAGAUAUUUCCCUUGACGAAACUUCUUGCCGACUUCCUCGUCAAAUUUCAGCCACAUAAGUAACACAAGAGGGGUCAUCGUCGAGACCAAAUUUCGUACAGGCAUGUACAAGAGUUUUCUGGAAUAUUCGGUUAAAAUUAAAGAGUCUCCCUCCAGAGUUUCUGUAUAAAUUCUUCAAGCUACCUGAGCAAAAUGCAGGUAUCAUCCAAAUAUCGAAGCAUUUCACAGAAGUGAGCGAUUCUUGAUUUGCUUAAGAAAAUUUCUUCAUUUCCCUUUACAAUCUGCAACAAAAUGUGUCCCAUUAACGCCUCUAAUUUGCAUCGGAUUUUCGACAAGCUGGACAGAGAUGGCGAUGGCUUCGUCGGCGUUGACGAGCUAAUGUGGCUUCUGGAAACCAUUGGUGUCCAAACUAGCUUGGAUGAGCUCGAAUUAUUGGUCGGCAAAAAGGGUUUUCUGGACUCGAUUGAUUUCUUGUUGUUUCAUGAUAUUGUCAUCAGUGGGGAGAAUAUGGAUGAAAAGAAGUUCAGAACAAAGGAGCAAGAAGAAGAAGAUAAGCACAUGGAGAAAGAUCUUGUCCAAGCAUUCGAGGUUUUCGAUUUGAAUGGAGAUGGAUUCAUUUCCAGUGAGGAAUUGCAGAGCGCAUUAUGCAAACUGGGAUUGUUGGAUGAACAGUGUGGGAAGGAUUGCAAGAGUAUGAUUAACGUGUACGAUACUAAUUCUGAUGGGAAGCUUGAUUUCGAGGAGUUUAAGAAUAUGAUGUUGCAUUCUGAUUCUUAGAUAGCGUAGCAUACCAAAAAAGCAAACAUUACUUUUUUUUUUUUUUUCUUUUAAGUGUAAGCGUCAAGUUUUGAAGUCGCAGUCUUGCAUUUAACGCUCUCUUCGUUCGUCUGUACCGUUCAAUUCAUCCCUCUCUCGAAAGCAAACGUUACUUGUUUAGGUUGUAAUCUGUAAAUUGUACAUACCUUAGAUUACUUCAUGC